AUGAAAUUAUCAGAAAAACUGCAAAUAUACAUCGAUGCACCAUAUUUUACUUUUGAAUUCUUCCCACCUCGCACAGAACAAGGAUACUCGAAUCUUCUGACUCGAAUCACCGGUCUAGCGAGUUUGAAGCCCAUUGCUGCUAGUGUGACUUGGGGAGCUGGCGGCUCAACGAGAGACCGGAGCCUAGACCUGGCAGCGUUCUGUCAAGCAGAGAAUGGACUAGAUACCAUCCUGCAUUUGACAUGCACGAAUAUGGAAAAGGGAACAAUCGACGAGGCGUUGACGACCGCAAUGGAAAAAGGUGUAAGCACUACUGGCACUUCGAGGAGAUCCUCCCAGAGGCGAGGAGUACUGGAUUCCUACCGACCCCGGUUCCAACACGCGGAAGAUUUGGUUACGUACAUCAAGCAGCACCCAAAGUUUGGAAAUCAUUUCUGUAUUGGUGUGGCGGGAUAUCCAGAUGGACAUAGUGAAGGCGGCAGUGAAGAAGAACAGCUAACGCAUCUCAAACGGAAGGUUGAAGCCGGUGCGGAAUUUAUCAUCACACAGCUUUUCUACGAUGUGGAAAAGUUCAAAUCGUGGCUUCGAAAAGUACGAAAUACGGGUAUCCGUACCAGUAAUACCUGGAAUGAUGCCCCUACAAACGUACGCAACUUUUACCCGGAUGACAGAUUUAUGCAAAGCUACGCCCUUGAGGCAACUCAACAUGCCGCGACCUCUCUAGCAGAACACACCCGGACCGGAACACUCCGGACGGCGGCUGAGGCCAUUAAUAGCGGCUGGGACGACUUCCCCAACGGCCGGUUCGGUGACUCCAAGAGUCCCGCAUUCGGAGCCGUCGACCCAUGGGAUGGAGGAGGACUGGGUGUUCCGCCGCAUGUAGCCAUCUCUCAAUGGGGCCGCCCUACAACAGAACAAGAUCUAGCUGACCUGUUUCUUGCAUACUUAAACCAUAAAGCACCCACAACACCCUUCUCCCCGACUCCCCUUUCAGACGAAUCCAUCACCAUUCUACCUCAUCUCAUAUCGCUCACUUCGAAAGGUCUCUGGACCGUGGCAUCUCAGCCAGCCGUGGAUGGUAUCUUAUCGAGCGACCCGGUCGUAGGAUGGGGCCCGAAAGACGGACGAGUCUUCCAGAAAUCUGAAGUUGCCAAAGCUAUUGAAGAUUCGGGAGACGGAUGGGUCACUUUUUUCGCGGGGAACAAUGAUGACGGAUUCUUAUCGAAUAUCCCAGAUAGCGGUAGUAACGCGGUAACCUGGGGCGUUUUUCCAGGCCAGGAAAUUGCUCAGCCGACAAUCAUUGAUCGGGAUUCAUUCCUUGCUUGGAAGGCAAGUAUUUAUACAUGGACCAUGCGAGAAAUUGCAAUUGAGUAUAUGGAACAGGAUGACGCGUUUAUGAUAUGGCACGACUUUGGGCUGUGCUAUUCUCCCGACUCGCCAACACGCAAGUUGCUCGAAAAUGUGACAAAGACGCGCUGGCUAGUGAGCAUCGUGCAUCACGAUUACAAAGACCCGAACGCGUUGUGGGAUUUCUUGGCAAAGCAUCUCAACUAG